UAACCAUGGCCGCCCAUGCUAUUUAAAUGGCUCGGCCUCUCUCUUCCUCUGCCUCCAAAGCUCUCCUGCUCUUGGCUGGCAUCAUUCAGCAUGCUUCCAAAGGUCGCCCUUUUACUGUUCUUCGUCCUCCCCCACGCCGCCUGCACGUCGGCGCCAGCGCCGGCGCCGAUGAGCCAAGAAGAGGACGCCACCCAGUUCAUCCGAGCCCGGUGCGGCGCCACCCGCUACCCGGACCUUUGCUUCACGUCGCUCUCCCUCUACGCCGCUGACGUCCACCGCAGCCCCGUCCGGCUCGCUUGCCUCGCAUCCAACGUCACCCUCGGCCACCUCCUCUCCCUCUGCUCCCACGUCUCCGCCCUUCGCAAAGCCGGAGACGGGCGGGAGGCGGCCGCGCUGCGGGACUGCACGGACACGCUGGGCGACGCGGCGGACCAGGUGGAGCGGACCACCUCGGAGCUGGGCCGGCUGCAGGAUCCCCUGGAGAGGUCGGAGGUGGCGUGGCGGGUCUCCAACGCCCAGACGUGGAUGAGCGCGGCGCUGACCAACGAGGACACCUGCUCCGACGGCUUCCAGGACGUGGGCGGCGGGGGCACCGGCGCCAUCGAGGCCGACGUGCGCCGCCGGGUGGAGAAGGUGAAGCAGUACACCAGCAACGCCCUUGCCCUGGUCAACAGCCUCGUUGACCGCCGAUGAAGCUGCUCAGCCUGCUCUCCCGAAUCAAACAGCGACCUUCUGUUAGUGUCGAAAGGAAGACGACGAUACCAACAUACACAGAACACGUCGCUGCAGCACGAUAAGAUUAGCUUCAUGAGUUGGGUGGGGGAAGUGAUCCAUUUGCUUGGUGGGAUUCUGCCUUGUAAAGACGCUCUUUUCUGUGCUCCUUCUGGUUGUCAUUUGUCUGCUUGCUUCAAAACAAUUGCAGUUCUUCAGAAGCCUUCA